AUGAUCUCAAAUGGUCGCAUAGCUGAUGAAUUAGCCUUAGCAGGUCACGACGUGGUUCUGUUCGAACCGGAUUUCCUGAAUGUUUCUCAUACUGUUAAUCCUGUGAAGUUCGCUCGUCGUUGGCAGCUUUCAGGAUUCUCUUCCGUGUUAAGAGAUGUACUACAAGAAUUUUCUGGAGCAGCAUUCGAACAGAUCUCAAAAUACGAAGAGCAGAAAGGUCUCCUUCGCUACGAAAGGGCUUUUAAUGAACUUUGUGAAGAUUUGAUAAACCGAGAAAGUGUCAUGGAAGAGUUGCAAGGAGAACAAUUUGAUGCCUAUUUUGGGGAGCAGAUAAAUCUUUGUGGGAACGGACUGGCUUACGCGCUUGGUAUCAAAUCACAUUUCUGGGUAUCCAGCUGCCCACUUGGCGAUUAUCAGGCAUGGGUAUUGGGCAUACCUCAACCAUCUUCAUAUAUUCCAUCCAUUAUUGGUAUGGAUAUGACAACUCAAAUGAGUUACUUAGAACGAGUGCAGAAUAUUUACUCAACCGCACUAUUUAUCUACAUGAAUGAAAAAUCAGCUGAAGAAACCAGUGAAGUUUUCAGGAGGAAGUACGGAGCGAAUUUCCCAAGUGUAUCGCAAAUUGCUGCAAAUUCGGAUAUGAUUUUUGUGUCCACUGACGAAUUUGUCGAAUUUCCACGGCCAACCCUACCGAAUGUUGUUCACAUUGGAGGGUUAGGACUUCGGGAAACAUUGGGGAACGACCCGUUGGAGGAGCCGUUACACUCUGAAAUGGAAAAAGGAGCGAGAGGAGUCGUUUAUUUUUCAUUGGGAACUCUAGUGAAUACCACUUCCUUACCUCAUUUCGCUAUGAUAUCGGUUGUGGAUAUGGUCAAACAAACUCCGGAUUACCAUUUCAUAUUGGUGAUAGACAAAAAUGAUCAGUUCACUCGGAAGCUUGCCAAGGACGUAAAGAAUGUCUACAUAUGCUCUUGGACUCCUCAACCUGCUAUUUUAAAACAUCCCCGCCUAUGUGCAUUUAUAACUCAUGGAGGCUACAAUAGUGUAAUGGAAGCAUCCAGAGCAGCGGUGCCAUUGAUCACUAUUCCUUUUAUGUUCGAUCAGAUACGAAACAGUCGAGCAGUGGAACUCACAGGCUGGGGGAUCCCACUCAGCAGGCAUUCACUUCGUGACGAUCCUCAACGGCUCACCACAGCGCUACACGAAUUACUCAACAACGAAAAGUACAAGAAAGCAGCCGUGAGAAUCUCAACAUUAAUACGAACAAAACCUUUCAAUGCCACUGAAAGGCUCGUGAAAUUCACCGAAUUUGUGCUAUUAAAUGGAGGCAUGAAGGAACUAUUGGUUGAAGGAAGAAAUAUCCCUUUCAUUAAGCAGGGUAUCAAGAGGAUUACGUUGUGUGGGAACUUAGUGAAAAGUGUAGAGGAUGUAGACUACGAGUACGAGCGUGGGCCGGCUCAAUUUUUCCUAAAUUAUCCUGAAGAAACGGCAUGGGAACCGCCGUAG